GACCCUUCAUCUACUCUGACAUCCUGGACUAUAAAAACCUUCGUGAGAUCGUUGUCAACAACCGCAUCACCUGGUUGGUCCAUUACAGCGCCCUGCUCAGUGCCGUGGGAGAGGCCAAUGUAGCUCUGGCACGCGACGUCAACAUCACUGGGCUCCACAACGUCCUGGACAUUGCAGCGGAGCACGGCCUGCGUCUGUUUGUGCCCAGCACCAUCGGAGCUUUCGGGCCCACCUCUCCCCGGAACCCGACCCCUGACCUCUGUGUCCAGAGGCCCAGAACCAUCUACGGGGUCUCCAAAGUCCACGCAGAGCUCAUGGGAGAGUACUACCACCACCGCUACGGCCUUGACUUCCGCUGUCUGCGCUACCCAGGAAUCAUCUCUGCUGACUCACAGCCUGGAGGAGGAACGACAGACUACGCGGUAGCCAUCUUUCACGAUGCCGUAAAGACGGGGAAGUUUGAGUGCAACUUGAAGCCAGACACGAGGCUGCCCAUGAUGUACAUCGACGACUGUCUCCGUGCCACCGUGGAGAUGAUGGAAGCGCCCGCAGACACCCUGUCCAUGAGGACCUAUAACAUCAACGCCAUGAGCUUUUCCCCUGAAGAGCUGGCUCAGGAGGUCCAGAAACAGCUGCCGGACCUGGAGGUCACCUACGACAUCGACCAAGUCAGACAGGCCAUCGCCGACAGCUGGCCAAUGAACUUUGACGAUUCUAACGCGCGGAACGACUGGGGGUGGAAACACGACUACGACCUCCCGGAGCUCGUCCAGACCAUGCUCAACUACAUCGGCUCAGACUCACGCAUCGCAAAGGCCAACUGAGGGGGCCAGCGGUGCUGCUGGGUGGGGUGCUGCUGGGUGACGUGCUGCUGGGUGGGGUGCUGGGGCAGUUUUGUUUCUUUGUACAUACUGUAAAGACUGUUGUUUUAUAGGAGGGAGACACGUGGUCUGUAAAUAGUCGUUUUCUCUGUCAUUUGGAAGGGCUCUCAAUCUGUCUUUGUCUGUCUCGGUGUUUGUGUCUGUCUCGGUGUCUGUCUGUCUCAGGGUGUCUGUCUGUCUCGGUGUC